UCGGCUCGAUGAGCGGGGGUGCAGCUGCGGCGGAGCGGUAGGCGCCGAGUCCGUGCCCACUGUCUUCCCCCUCCCCGCUUUCUUCCUCCGCUUCCCACUCCUUCCUCCGCCCGCCCACUGCUGCCCGCCCCGGAGAGCUGCCCGGAGCUCCCCGGGAGACUCAGGUUUUGUGAAUAACAUCUCCAGGCUGUGUCCAUCCAAGUCACUUAUUUCCGUGAAACUGCACCAACCAAGACUGCUGAUGAGAGAUGAGGAAGAGGAGUCAGAAAGGGAACGCAGGCUGGGAAAAGGGAAGCCUCUGCCCAGAUUGAAGCUUUUUUGAAAUGAAAUACUAGGGGGUUUGGUGUGCUUGUUGUUUGCAUAAAGCAAAAAAGAAGCCAACAUUUGCUAAACAACAGGUGGUGAAGACUUAUUCUGCUGAGAAGUAGAAGAGUACUUCUUCAUUAAAAGAGAUGCCUCCCAAGUUUAAGCGCCACCUAAAUGAUGAUGAUGUCACUGGUUCUGUGAAAAGUGAAAGGAGAAAUCUUCUGGAAGAUGAUUCAGAUGAAGAAGAGGACUUUUUUCUAAGGGGACCAUCUGGACCAAGAUUUGGACCUAGAAAUGAAAAAAUUAAGCAUGUUCAGAAUCAGGUGGAUGAAGUCAUUGAUGUCAUGCAAGAAAAUAUUACAAAGGUAAUAGAAAGAGGGGAGAGACUAGAUGAACUACAGGACAAAUCAGAAAGCUUAUCGGAUAAUGCAACUGCUUUUAGCAACAGAUCCAAACAACUUCGAAGGCAAAUGUGGUGGCGUGGAUGCAAAAUAAAAGCCAUCAUGGCUUUGGUUGCUGUUAUCAUUUUGUUAGUGAUUAUCAUUCUUAUAGUUGUGAAAUACCAUACUUGAUUUGAUGACAGAUCUUCAUUAAACAAAAUCUGGGACAAUAAUAAUAAAAGACUGCUGCAUAAUUUAAAUGAAACCCAUGUAUAUAACUUUCAAAGCUUCUUUUUCAAGAAAUUAAGAGGCAAGUGUCACUUCAAAUUGGAGCAUUGAGAAUGUCCCAUUAUCUUCUUCCCUUCCAACAAAGUGUGCUUUUAAUAAUUAUGUUUAAGGCAAAGAUAACCAGCCUCGAUUUUGCCAUAUUCCAAGGGUCUAAUUUGAAACUAGAUACUUGCCAGUUCAUUAUUUGUAUAUAUAGUUAAACACUGAUAAUGAUAUUUCAUACUGUUAUUUUAAUGGCAUAAGGACUUGCAUUUGUUGCAUCAAGGUGGGGGUCAGGCUGGUGGUCAGGGAGCCUCUGUAGAGUACCAAAUCAUUAUGCCGAAAGACGUGUGUAACCAUUCCAUUGAUAUUUGCAAGAUUCUUCUCAUAUUACAAUUGCUUUGCAAGCAAUUUUCACAUGUUUAUGGGUGUAACAAAAGCUAAGUGUUGUAAAUGUUGCUGCCUUCAGCUAUAACUAACAAACAACAUUCCAGUAAACCUAUUUUUGACUGUAUAAGGGAACGUGUAGUAAUUUUUUGGCAUUUGGAUUAUGGAAAUGGGAAAUAUAAACAGUGUGAAAAGCCUAGUAUGGCGUCAUAAAACUGGAGAUAAUAAAAUUAUUGGAGAGUGUCAUUGGAGUAUUUGAAAGUGACCAACAUAAAGCUAGAAGUCAUGGUCUGGUCUGUUUGUUUUCAGUUAGCCUCCAAUAAGGAGGACCAGUCCAAAUGUGAGUAAAUGAAAUCCACAGGUAACUUGUCCCCUACUUUUCUUUUUGUUAAUAGCUUUCCUCUUUAACUUCAAAUAAAUAGCCCUUUUACCAGAAGUGCUAAAAGUAGCAAAAUCAUCUGCUUAGAAUUUGUGGGUUUUGUAUUCCCUCUUUAUCUCCUGGAAAAUGCAUGUGAUAUGUACAAUCCAGUGUCAAAUUAGCCAACAAUAAUGAAUAUAAAAAGUCAGGAGCCUAGCUAAUCAGUCAGUCAGAGUAACCAAAUGCUAGGGUCACCAUUAAUCUCAGUCUGUUUUUAUAAUGAUAAAAAGUGUUGUUAACUUUAAAAUAUGCCACCCUUCUUGGGUUGUUUAAACAUGUGAAAGUGAACAUACUUAGUUCUCUAAUGUGUGUGAGGAAGAAGUUUUAUAAUAAAAUUGGAGGUUCUGCAAAAACUUGUGUACAUGGACAUCUUCACAAUGUAUAUAUAACUCUAAAUUUGAAAUAGGGUUAAUAGAAAGUACCAGUAUUUAAAUAAGAAAAAAAAUGAUCCUUAUAGGGUUUAUUGCUUUGGUAAUUUUAAUUCAAAAUGUAUGAAACGUAGAAUCUUCGUUUUUUUUUUUUUUUUAAUUCUACAGGAUUAGUACUAAGAUGAAAAAAAUGUUCUCUUUAGAAUGGAAAGAAAUUUGAAGGGAAAAAGCAGAUUAAGAGAUAUUCAAGACACCUUCAAGUCAUGAAGAUCUAAAUAUAAUUGCUUAGUAUUAUAGUCUACUAAGAACAUUUAAAAAGAAAGAGAUAAAGGUCUUGCAUACUAUGGAGUGUUUUCUCUGGUCUCUCCACUUUUCGUAAAUGUCAAUUACUGUAAAUAACAAACAUAAUAAAUACUAAACCCUUUGACAAAAGAGGAUACCCAGGAAAAUGAGCAUUUUUAGAAUUUCAGUAGCUAAUCUAGUUCAGGAAUGGGAAUGUUUCAACUGAGUGGACAGAAUCAGUACUAACAAACAUGUGUGUCCUUGAUUUGGGAUUGGAACUAGACUCACCAGUGGUUAAUUUUCCAUUAGUUGGUAUAGAAAUCUGGUUUCUUCAUAUCUAUCAGUGAAGAGGAAGAUUAUUUCUCAAAAAGAAUCCACAUUUCCAGUGUUUGUUUCUUUAAUAAAGUAUGCUUUUAAAUAAAGAAAGAAAAUAAAAUUUUAAAAUUUUUAACC